ACACCGCUACACAAGGCAGCGCGCGCGCGCGUCGUCGUCGUCACAGCCCAGAGAGCACCGCCCUCGCACACCGCCGGAAAAUGGGAUCCACCAUGCAGCUCACCGGCCUCCUCGGCCUCUCCUCGCCGCCUCUCGCCCAGUCCCACUGCUACAGCUGCAGCGGCGCCAGGAAGCAGAGCUGCUCGCUCCGCGCGCCGCGGCGGCAGGGGAGGCGCCUCCGCGCCGUGGAGAUGGGCGCGCCCGGCGGCGAGCCUCCCGCCGGCGCGCCGGAGGAUCCGUCCGUCGACUUCGCGUUCGUCAGCCCGCGGCUGCUGCCGGACGGGACGCCGGACGUGCACUACCGGACGGCGCGUGGCGGGCAGAAGCUCCGGGACAUCAUGCUCGAGGGCUACAUCGACCUCUACGGGCCCUACGAUAAGCUUCUCCUCAACUGCUCGGGAGGCGGCGUGUGCGGGACCUGCAUCGUCGAGGUGGUUCAGGGCAAGGAAAUGCUUUCUCCAAAAACUGAAGUGGAGAAGGAGAUGCUCAAAAGGAAACCCAAGACGUGGAGAUUGGCGUGCCAGGCUACGGUCGGCAAUGCAGAUUCAACUGGGCAGAUGGUCAUUCAGCAAUUGCCGGAGUGGAAGAUACAUGAGUGGGACAAGUAGAAGUAACCAACUGGUCUUAAAAAGUACUCGUAUGGCCUGCCAUGAACAUGGGGAGUGGAGAAGCAAUUGAUCAGUAGAAUAACUGAUGAAGAUUUAUGAAGCUUUCAAUACUCCAUACAAAAGAUCUUGAGCGUCUCUUUUCUUCUGUAGCAACUAAAUGGAGUAUGGAUGCAAUUAGCCUCGUUCUGUAAAUCGCUCCCUUGUUCGAAAAUGCAACCGCAACGUGUUCAUGAUCC